UAAAAGAGAAGACUCAAAUCUCAAACAAAACUCAUGUUGUUUUAUAGUUUGUUCUCAAUUUAUUAAAAUAACAUUAAUCUUUUUACUAUGAUUAAGUCUUCGAGAGAAAAGUAGUAUAAUUAUAAAAUGUUUCAUCUGAGUUUUUCAAAAAUGCAUUAUUAAUAGCAAGUGACAACUACAUAUAAUGCUAUCACAAUGAAGCUAAGAUCACUCAUAUUUUUAAUAUUUACUGCCUCCAAUCUACAUUUGAUAAUUGCUGAAAAUGAAAAUUGUACGAGAAGCAGCAGCCGUUGUGACUAUAAGGCUAACGUGCGGAGAUUAUCAGACACGCUUGCCAGUAAGUUUCGUGAAAUAGUGACCCAAGAACUUGGAAGCGAAUAUACAAAUCACUUCGAGUUAAGAAAUGCGUUUAAGGUGAACCGAUAUCAGUACAAUGACAAUAAUAUACUAGAUAGUAUAACAGAUAAGUUAAAUUACAAGCUUUCCUCGGCGACUAAUAUUCUGGUGGAAAUGAAGAAUGAAAUGAACCAAAGCAAUACUCCGUCCUUUACUCACCCUUGCCCUUUCAAUUCCAUUCGUAAAUCUGUUUUUAUUAAAAAUACAAAUAUGUACAACUUGCCUUACAUGGACACUAAAUCUAAAAUGCUAGAUAGAUUUAAAGACUUGAAAAUAAAGAGACAAUACUUCCUAUCCCAUAUGGAUUAUGCAACUGAUAAAGAUUGUACAACUGUGCCACAUUCUAAUUUAAGAUAUUUAUAUCAUAAGAUAAUACACUCCAAUCCUAAACUAAUUGUUUUUAUUAUUGACAACACUAUAUCGGCAGAGUCUCUUUUGCAUGCUUUAGCUAUAACAAAGGAGACUGCAUAUGCUCUACAGAGUAUAGACAUGAUGGCUCUAAAGAUAACAAAUACGACAGACUUUUUCAAGUUUGAAGAUUCUUGCAGUUAUGGCAUGUCAAAUUUAGGCAAUGCUACGGAAAAUAAUAAGCUGUUAUUGCGGGAAUAUCUGACUACCAUUGAUAUUUCAAGUUCCAAUGUAUCACCACUAACAAUAAAUAUGGAAAUACAGAAGUUAUUACUUGAGAAAAAGUUGCCAAAAGAGAAAUUAUUCAUAUUAUUAACAGACUCUAAGAUAUUAAAAAAUGAUACAUGGUUGAAAAUAUUUCCAUACAGCAAACACGAGGAGGACAUUAAAUUUGCAAUUGGAUUAAUAAAUGAAGGUGAUAUUGAUAAAAAUGGAUCGUUAGAAAUUUUACAUGUUGAUAAAGGACAUAAUCAUUCUAAAAACAAUACUAUAAUGAGGCUACAUAUAAAUGAUAGUGGAGUAAUUGGUCAAAUGGCUUCAGCAUUUAUAUCUUUACUACCUAAUAAAUAUGAAAAUGAAAUAAAAAUGGAAGGCCCUGUGUGGGAAGCUACGGAGCGAGAUUUUAUGAUGUCACUUGUUUACCCAAUUUCAGCUGGUAUAAUUGGCUUAGAUUUAUAUUGGUCUGAUCUUGCGGAAGAUAUUAUUUACUUUAAAGGAACCAAUCAAUGGAAAAGAGCAUUCAUCAUGGAUUUAUCAGGAAAAGUUCUAAUGCACACAUAUUUCCCAAGGCCAGAAGCAGCAUCUGAAAAGAUUAAAUUUACUUAUUUAGACGCGAUUGAACCAUAUGAUUUUAUAGAUGAGGUUAAAAAACAUUUGUUGUCACAAAAAUCAGGUAAUAGUACAUUUCUUGAUCAAAAUAGUACAAGAACAAUAACAUAUUCUUGGAAAUGGGUACUAAAUUUGUACAUUGUAUGUGUUGUGUCUGAAUCUUCAAACUCCAAUUUAUUCAAUAAGUCAAACAUAUUUUUUACAAAAAGCAGUAAGGAAAUUUUAUUCCACAGGCUUGAUUUAUUUCCACCAAAAUCGGGUACAACUUGUCGACAUUUUAAGCAGAUAGCUACUAUUGAUCAAGGUACUGUUUAUCUAAGUCCUUCUAGUUUUCAAUCUCCGUUUACAUAUCUUUAUGAUAUGGGUGAUGGUCAGGAAGCAGUGACGUAUAUGCAAAACUACUUAGCUUAUUUAAAAAGUGUCGCCCAUGGCUGGCUGUCUAAUCCUGGCCUUAAAAAUGAGAUACAACAAGAUGUUGGUUUCCUCAACUCCAUUUUGUCAUUUUUCAAAAGGCAACAUUUGCAUGGACCUUAUUCUAAAUAUGUUGUCAGAAGAUAUGCCGUGACUGAAAGUGGUGUUUUAGUCAUGUAUCCAGGGACUGUCUUAGAGUAUGAUUAUGAACCAGUCAGAAGACAAUGGUUUACAUUUGCUAUGGAAAACCCUGGGAAAAUAAUUUUAACACCACCAAAUUUAGAUGUAGGUGGUGCAGGAUAUGUUGUGACUAUUUCCUAUGCUAUAAAAAGUUUAGUGUAUCCAACUAUGGUUGUAUCUAUGGAUGUCACUAUGGGGUUCCUUUACAAACUUCUUAUUGAUAGCUUACCACUGUGUGCCAUGUCUUAUGUAAAAUGUUUAAUAAUGAACAAUCGGGGAUAUUUAGUUUCUCAUCCUGGUUUGAUGGAUCCUAAUAGCUCUGGUCCAAUAGAACAACAGCAUAUUACUCAUAAAGAAUCAAUGAUUGCAAUUGAUUUGUUAAAUCAUAAGGGUUUUGUCACAAAAAGAUUGUGUAAUAAUUUCUUUGAUAAAACUAUACAAAGGUUUUAUGAAUUUAAUACUUCCUUGCCAAAUGUGCUCUCUAAUGUAGUCCCUGGUGAUCAUUGUAUACAUUACUAUAUAGCUACAAUACCUGGAACAAAUGCUUUUAUAGGUUUAGUUAAUGCAUCAUGUAAUGUAGGAGCGUUCUGUCCAUGCAGCAUGGUUGAUAGACUAUGUUUGAAUUGUAACCGCAUGGAGCAAAAUGAAUGUGAAUGCCCAUGUGAAUGUAGCUCUGAGAUUUACGAUUGUCCAGAUGUGAAUAUGACAAGAAUAAACAAAGAUAUACCACUUUGCGGUUUGAUGCCAGAAAAUAAUAAUCAUAGAUCGCAUUACUUCCACAAUUUUGCGGAAAACUUAAAAUCCUGCUUCGAUUUUCAAUGUGAAACUUACCUUACACAUUCUAGUUGUUUAGGUGUUUUAGGUUGUGAAUGGUGUCAAGUAGAUGCUGAUGGUAGAACGCCUUUAUCCUCACCAUUUUGUACAUCGCAGUCUACGUGUUUUAAUGGAGUGUUAGGUGCUGUAACACCGUAUGGUGAAAGUACAUACGGUCAUGCCAAUAGAGAAGCUUUAGGAAGUUAUUCUGCGAUUGGUCCAAUAGCGGGUUGUAUUAUUACAGUUAGUUUAGUGAUAGCAGUAGCGAUAUAUUGUUAUAGACAAAAUGUGACGACAGCCAGUUGCCAUAAUUUAUAUGUAGACGGCCCAGCAGAAACGUGGCACGAUGCUGAUGUGCAAAUGAGUCACUUGCAUUCUGAAGAUAUGCACGAUCAGUCGGGCCAGGAUAAAUUGUUACCGGCAAUGGAAAUAGAAGCGCCGAUAUCGCCGUACCGCGUCAUCACUGGCUACAGGCGUCCGCACACUGCAGGUGAUUCCGAUCACGGUUACUCUACCAUGACACCUCACGAAGAUUCCGAAGCAACAGGAUUCUCAGUUAAUGAUCCAAUUAUUUUAUCGGACGACACAAAAUCGGAUGUCAGCUGCCCGAUUCCAGCCAAGAUAAAGCCUAGAUUAAAAUCUGAUUUUACGACCGUUGUACCUUGCGGUAAAAACAGUAUAAUAGCCCCAGUGACUGUUCAUAGACACAUGGAAGCAUCAUAGUAAUAAAUAUAAGUUAAUCUACCUCUUUUGUACAUAAUGCUGAUAAUCAAUGUUGAUUAUUGUGAUAUGUUUGUUUGCUGACAGUUUUUAUAACAUAAGUUUUUUUGGUAAACUUGAUUUUGUACUUGCAAUUUUUUUACAUCCUUUGGUGCUCGUUCUUGUACUAUUACUUUUAUGGUAUUAAUGUUCCAGAGAACAAAUUGUACUACUAUUUGACUACUUUUAUUACUUAAGACGGUACUUAAAACUAUGUAUACUUUUAAGUCAUAUCGGAUACGUAACAUUUAAGAGGAAAUAAAAUGGAGCAGGUUAUUGUAUACAGGUUACUUCGUAGCUAUAGUAUUUAUGACUUUAUAUGUUACUUUUUGAUAUAUAAGGUUUACUUUUUAUUUUUAUACUGUGCCAGUGCCUCCUGCAGACUAAUAAUUUGUAAUUGUGCGUAUUUUUAAGACUGACCUUAACGUUACAUGAUAAAAUAAAAACUAUUUUAUAAAA